CAUUCCCAGACUUAAAACCCUGACAAUGGCUUGCAUUCCCCGGUGCAAAACGCGAAUGUCCUUUUAGGGAUUUCUUUGCUUUUCUUAUCAUUUGGUAAUCGUUGUGCAGGUGAGGCUUGACAAUAUGGAGAUCGGGCUAUCAAUCAGCGAUGUCAAGCUCAUCACCAUCAUUCAGCAAGUAUGCUCCGUUCUAUCGCUGGUAGGAUGUCUCUUCAUCAUCACAACUUUCUGUCUCUGCGAUGCCUUCCACAAACCUAUUAAUCGACUUGUAUUUUACGCGUCGUUUGGGAAUAUCAUGGCGAGUAUUUGCUUCAUCAUGGCUGAUUCGUUUAUCGACGCGCCUGAUGGGGCUGGAUGUCAGACACAGGCCUUCUUACUCCACACUUUUGUUGGGGCUGAUGCGUUAUGGACCCUUGCGAUGGCGAUUAAUGUUUACCUUGCGUUCUACUAUCGCUUCGAUGCGCAGCGGUUGAGGAAGAUGGAGUUACCGUAUUUACUUCUCUGUUAUGGUAUCCCAUUCUUGCCAGCAUUUAUCUUUAUCUUCGUUAAGAAUGGCGAUGGCGUGAGAGUUUAUGGUAGCGCUGUUCAGUGGUGCUGGAUCACUUCAUCAUGGGACACUCUGCGCAUCGCAACAUUCUACGGGCCAAUCUGGGUCAUCAUCGCCAUCACCCUCGCAAUCUACAUCCGCUCCGGCAGCACCAUCUACCGAAAACGCCAACAACUCCUCAAAGCACAGGGCUCUGGCUCAGGCGGUCUAUCAUACGUCAACCAAAGCACCGUCAACAACAUGAAGACCACCGAAGUGACCAUCACCUCCGAAGCAGCGACUCAACCCGACGCGAUCCAAUUACAAAACAUGGGCCAUCAAGUUACCGUCCAUGCUAUUGGCGAGCAUGCUGAGCCCCAGCCACCUCAACCGAUUGCUCGUGUAACCAGCACCAUGCCCCAACCUGUCCAGCGCCCGGCGGUGCGCCCUAGCAACGAUGUAUACCGUGCGGCAUGGGCUUAUACAAAAGUCGCGAUGCUGUUUUUUGCGGUGAUAUUAAUUACGUGGAUUCCGUCCAGCGCUAAUAGGAUGUAUUCACACAUUCACCCUUCGGAAGUCAGCAAGCCUUUGCAAUUCAUGAGCGCGACGGUUCUUCCGCUUCAAGGAUUCUGGAACGCGGUUAUUUAUGCCGUUACGUCAUGGGCCGCAUGCAAAGCGUUGCUGGAAGAGAGAGGCCUUUGGGGAUCGAGAACAAGGAUAAAUGAACCGGCUUGGGAGGCUGAUGAGGAGCGUGGAAGGAGGAGAAGUAAACUCAAGACUGUGUUGAACUCAAGGACAGAAGAUUCUGAGAGCCUGAGAGAGUUAGCUCAUCAGAACAAGUCUGAUGAUGGGCGAAGCGUAUGAACAUGACGAUCUUGUUUUUUUAUAUUUCUACUUCAAGCAAUGAUACCAUAUACCUUUCAAUAGCAUACAGAUGUUUAAUACCUUCACUC